CGCUUCUCCUCCCCCUUGACGCUGUCUCCUCUGCGCCUGACUCCUGCUCGUCGGUCGUUUUCGCCUCUCUGGGAGCUACGGUGUAUACGUAGUACUUACGACGUGGUCAGCACGGUGGAUCUGCAUUUCGAAACCUACCAUCGUUGUCCGAUCUAGCGCUUGUCUUUUCCCCUCAACCCCACUCCAACCCAACUACUACUGCAUGCAACAGUAAUCAUGGGCAAACCGCGGAUGAUCAUCUUGAUCCGCCAUGCCCAAUCCGAAGGAAACAAGAACCGGGAAAUCCACCAGACCAUCCCCGACCACCGCGUCAACCUCACCCCCGAAGGACACCGUCAGGCACAGGAGGCAGGCUCCCAGCUACGGGCGCUUCUACGACCCGAUGACACCAUCCACUUCUUCACCUCUCCGUAUCGUCGUACCCGGGAGACUACCGAGGGUAUCCUCCAGUCCCUGACCUCAGACUCUCCGGCCCCCUCUCCAUUCCCGAGGCAUACAAUCAAGGUCUACGAAGAACCCCGGCUGCGGGAACAAGACUUUGGCAAUUUCCAGCCAUGUUCGGCCGAGAUGGAACGGAUGUGGCUCGAAAGGGCAGACUACGGUCACUUCUUCUACCGAAUCCCCAACGGGGAAUCCGCUGCCGACGCCUAUGACCGCGUCAGUGGGUUCAACGAGUCGCUGUGGCGUCUGUUCGGAGAGAAUGACUUCGCUAGUGUCUGCGUACUGGUCACGCAUGGGUUGAUGACCCGGGUGUUCCUUAUGAAAUGGUACCACUGGAGCGUCGAGUACUUCGAAGAUCUCCGUAACAUCAACCACUGCGAAUUCGUCAUUAUGAAGCUCAACCCGGAUAAUGGGAAAUACGUCCUCCAGAACCAGCUACGCACAUGGUCCGACCUGAGGAAGGAGAAAGAGCAAGAGCGGCAGCAAGAGCGGGCAGUUAAGGGGCUGGGCCCAGCGCAUCCAGCACCGCCCGAGACAUCUGUCCCUAUUAGACGCAAAUGGGGUGGCUGUCCAGAUGGGUGCGAUCAUGGCGUUCGACGAAAGGGCUCCUUGCGUGCACCUCGUGGGAACACAGCAGAGCACCUGAAGCAUCACCAUGAGUCUCACACCAAAAAGACAGCGAUCAAUGACGUCGCCCACAGCCACGCCUCUCAAGAGAAGCCAAACAACCUACCCACUCCGUCCACAAAAGUAAUGGCAAGCACCUCUCAGGUUGAUCAACAAAUGCUUAGAGCUCCAGAGCCCGCCCUGGGAGAUCGCUCAAUUGAUGCAAGGCCUUUGGAGAGAACUGUGCCCUCCCCAUCCCCGCAGUAUGACUUUCAAGGCGUCCAGCUAGAAGCCACAUCCACCUCUGCCUCCACCCAAGCAACUUUACCAACACCCGCCACAUCCAACAGCACCAAUCUUCCAAACCGAUAUCUCUCAACAUUAACCCCAACCCCAACCUCAAAUACAAUUCCCCGCCGUCCCGGCCUCGCGCAUCUCCACCGCGACAGCGAAGAUCACCUCCUUCAUCCUCCCCACGCCAACUACGCCUACAUCCACCUCGUCGGCCGCGAUGGCGGCGGCUCCCUAAGCGGUGUGAACAGCCUCGCCCCGUCAGAAGACGAGCGUGACGAGAAACCUUACCCCAACACACACAUCCACACUCAUAGCCAUGCCCAGGCCUACACCCGCCCCAGAUCCAUCUCGAGCUCCCACCAAUCCAGACCAUCUCAAGACCUGGACAACGACGGCGACGAUGAAAGCAGCAGCAAACAGGCUGCGCGACUCCGACGCACCCGAUCACAUAACCACCAUCAUCGCCACUUUCCGGUCCCGGGGCGCCGUACUCUCACCAAACGAGUGACCAGUGUCCUUGACCAGGGACCCUCCAAUCAGGACAGGUCAGAAGAUGGACCCAUUCCCACUGAUACUCCAACUUCAAAAGCCGAGAAUAAUCAUCUCGGCCAAACGGACGAAUACGACCCCGCCCAUGACCAUGAAGACGAUCAAUACGACGACGAUCAUGACCAUGACUAUGAAUGCGAACACAAUCACCACCAUCACGACGACGGCGAUAGAGAGGAAGGGGACUACAACGAAGACGACGACGACACUCUCGAAGCCGAAAGACGUCAUGACCAAAGCAUCAGAGGAAGUGUUUACUAGGACAAGCCGCAGGCGGUCAUCUCCUCCUUCUCCUCCCUUCCUCCCUCUCUUUCUCCCUCUCUAGCUAGAAAAAAAAAGAAAACCCCCAACCAGACAGAUACCACGAGCAUACCACGAAAAGACAAAUUAAUCAAUCAACCAUCAAUAAUAAAG